UUAUCAGACAAGAGGUUGAAGCAGUUUCAAGAAAAUGUUGGUGCAUCAACCACGCAGCCUAAGAUCCCCAACUUGAAACAAUUCAAGCAGCAAGAUGGCUCGGACGUGGUGAAAGAGGAACUGGACCGUCUCAACAAGCUGUACAUGGAGAUGGUGGAUGGGGCCAACAAGAGACUUAAGCAGAUCACACAUGACAUGUCUCGUCAUGGUGACAUGCAGAUUGUCAUUGAUGAGGAAAUUCCCCUGCUACGAACAUUCCGGGCUGAGCUGGCCAAGAGAUCAUCCAUGCUAGUAGAUGAUGACAUGAUGGAGUACUUCACCCAGCAGUUUGAAGGACCAACCCCAUCACGAGCCACCUACGCCACCACACCAAGCCAGUUGUACAAGAGCACCCUACAGAUACUGCCAGAGUCUACCAUGACGGCAGAACUGGCUGAAGCAAAAACAGUCCGACAAGACAGGGAUCAGUCAGAAGCUGCAUCCUCCAACAGAACUGGUCUGUCAGAACUGUCAGUAGCCCUGAAAGCAAUGGGAGGAGGUUCCUCCACAAUCCAGCUGACACCUUCAGUUGUGGCUUCUACAGCGGUGUUAGGAGCCAAAAAUGUCCAGAGGCAGCAAGAACAGACGGUCAUCACUAUCAGAAAAAGUGAGAUAGUUCCUCGAGGACAGGUCUUGCAUGUGACUGCUUUCUUGAAUCCUUACACUUCCAAGAAGGUUGCCCUGGUGCAGGCCCUGCAGACCGGGCUCAUUGACACUAAAACCAAGACCUUUGUUGAUCCAUCCACGCAACAAAGGAUGUCUCUGGUACAGGCAGCGAAGAAGGGGUACAUUGAUGAGGUGGUGCUAAAGCAGCUGACUUCUCCCUGUGGAUCUCAUGAUCCCCAGACUGGAGACGAGCUGUCCCUGUUAGAGGCAAUCAACAAGAGACUGUAUCAUCCUCUCUCCAACACAUUCACAGAUGCCACAACUGGAGAACAGGUAUCAGUCUCAGAGGCAGUGGCUAGGGGGAUCUUAUCCGAGUCCUGCUCACGGAUCUUGUCUGGAGAGAAGGUUGAACUGGUUUCUGUAACACAUGCACAAGCACUGUUUGCAGACUCCAGGCCCCAGAAAGUUGAUUGGGGUCUUAGUCUUGGGCAAGUCGUGGAGAAAGGUCUCUACAGUGAAAUAACUGGAAAAGUAACAGAACCUCUCUCAGGGAUAGACACUAGCAUCCUGGAAGCAAUAGAGAGGGGCUACAUUAACCCAGAUUAUGAAGAGAUUGAAGACCCAACAAGUGGGCAUUACAUCACUUUAACACAAGCUGUGGCAACAGAAAUAGUAGAUCCAUAUAGAGGCACUUACAACCAUGAAGCAUCAAAUCAACAGCUGCCUUUGUCUGUUGCUAUGAACAAGGGACUUGUGAAGACUGCCACUUCAUUGGCUGAUGUUGUUUCCCAAGGGAACAUCACUGAGGAUGAGCACAUCUUUGAUCCUGUUUCAGCCCAGGUGAUGACAUUUGCUGAAGCUGUUGACAAGGGAGUUAUCAGCAAGGACAAGAAGUGCAUCCUUGAUGCGAACACUGAUAGUGUCCUUUCAAUCCGUGAAGCUAUUAGCAAAGGUAACAUGACCCCAUCUGGUUUAAUAGUCAACCCAGAAGACAAUUCCCAACUUUCCAUCUUGGAAGCUUUGAAGAAGGGAGUAGUUAAGCUCGUUCAAGAAGAUGUUCAGUUUUCCCGGACUGGCGUUAAAGAUCCCAGGACAAGUGAGGUGGUCACACUGUCUGAUGCCUUCAAGAGAGGCAUUGUUACUCCUCAGGGGUCUUACGUAGACAGCAGAACUGGACGAGAAAUGUCUCUGCAACAAGCAGGUAGCUCCGGGCUCAUGGAUAGAAACCUGGUGACAGAUCUCAACAAGCCUACCAGCAUGACAGACGCCCAGGGCAGAAACAUUUCUGUUGUAGAGGCUCUGAGGUUGGGGCUUGUAGACAUAGACACUGGCUCUGUAUUGAAUGCUAGAACCAGGGAAAGAAUGACAGUACAAGAUGCAGCUUCUGUGGGCCUGAUCACUGCAACAGAUGCUACAAAUGUCCUAAACCUGUUGUCUUCUGUGGUGACAACGACUACAGUUCUGACUCAGAUUGAGAUACCUCACACGACAGAAAUCUUAACCACAUCACAGCCUGUUUUACAUGGCUAUGUGAAAGAGCCAAAGAAAAACCAUGAGGAAUCUGUCCAGAACAACUUACCUAGAUUAUCCUCUGAACAGUCACAACUUCCCACUUUACCUUCAUAUGUAGAUGAGAUGGAUUCAGAGUUGAAAAAGAUGACCCAGGAAACAUUUAUGACUGACACCUCAGGAAAUAAGACGAGAACUAUCCCCAUAGAACCUGGCUCUAGAAAGUUUGAGUCCAGCUACAUGACCAGAACUGAGUCUCAUUACUCCUUCACCACCACCACACUAGCCAGACCACUGCUGAUUCCUUCAGUGAUCUCUGAAACAAGGGAGGUCAAUCUCAAGUCAGUUUUGGACCCCAGAACUGGCAGGGAAUUGGACAUCGAAGAUGCCAUUAAGAGGAGGCUGAUCAACAUGGACAAAGGGCAGUAUACACAUCCAGUCACAGGAGAAUCAAUGGCAUUGAACAGGGCAAUAGAAAGAGGAUUUAUCAAAGCAGAGCAGAUGGUGGGCAGCCAGGAAGGAGGCCCUAUAAAGGAGACCAGAGCUUUCUCUAUUGUAGGUGUGCUCCACCCUGAGACUGGCAAACGGAUGACGGUCAGCCAGGCGGUCAGUGCAGGCGUCCUGGAUUUAGAGAAAGGCAUCUACAACAAUCCUGAUGCACAGCCACAGUCCAUGAAAAUCAGUGAAGCCAUUGAGAAGGGAUAUGUAAUUGUGGAGGAUAUUGGAGAGUCAUUUGCUGGCGCAGACUCCAUGUUGAGGGAAACAAAGUCUUACAUUCUCAAGACUGUCCUGCAUCCUAUCAGUGGGAAGCAUAUGAGCAUUGCCGAGGCAAUUGCUGAGGGUAUCAUUAAUGAAUCUGAAGGAUUCUACAACAGACUAAGCACUGGAGAAAGAAUUCCCAUUCAUGAAGCCAUCGAGAAAGGUUUCAUCUUUGCUCAGCUGACUUCGGUGAAAACCGAUGUGGACAAGGAUGUGAACAAAAUCACAACAACAAAGCUGACCACACUUUCAGUGACAGCAGUUGUCCACCCUAUCACUGGUCAGCUGAUUUCUGUGUCCAGGGCAGUAGAGGAAGGCAUUCUGGACCAGAAUAAAGGCAUUUACACAAACCCUCAGACUGGCGAGUCUAUGACACUGGGGGAUGCUAUAGAUAAGAGACUAGUGCUGGCAGAGUCGCCAGAAGCAAGAUCUGAUGAUCCUCUGGAGAGGGCAGAAGUCUCAAGCAUUCACAUCACAGAUGAGCAGGAGUCUUUAGAGGCAAAUAUGAGGGAAGAUAUCCACUCAGAGACUGUCACCAUGAGCAUCACAAGUGUCAUAGACCCCAAAACCAUGGACAUGAUCUCCUAUGAUGAAGCUGUGAGAUCUGGUGUUCUCAAUGUCAAGACGGGAACCUACAACAACCCCAGCAGCAGGGAGACCAUGACAAUUACUGCAGCUAUGGAAAAGGGACUCAUCCACGGAGAAGUCACAUCCAAGAGACGGGAGGAUGACAUCAUGAGAAGUGCAGUGUCAUCAGCAUUGCCACUAGUUUCUCUCAGGGACAUCACAUCUGUCAUUGAUCCCAGAACUGGCAAGGAGAUCUCCUUGGAGACAGCUCUCAAAGAUGGCAUCAUCAAUCCUGAUAAAGGAACUUACUUUAACCCCAAAACACGUACAGAAAUCGAUCUCAGCAAAGCCAAGGAGUUUGGCUAUCUACUAGAGUCCAAGCAGUCCAGUGCUGCCCAGAUAGAGAAGUCUUUAGAGGAGGAAAACUUACUAGAGACCCAGCUGUCCACACCCCGCAUGCCUAGGGAAUCAAAGAAACCCUGGUCCAAAGUUGAUAUGGAAUUGGAGAAGACAGUCACUCAUGACGAGUCAGCAGAAGAUGAAUCAUUGGCAACUGAAGUGGUCCAUUACUCUUCAGAGGUUGAACAUGAUACCCCACAAUAUACACCUGGACAAACAGUUCACUUGCUUGGAAGCAGGGCUUUACCAACAAGAUCCUUAGAUGGGGUGUCUUAUACAGAUGCUGUCAAACUUGGCAUGGUUCAUUCUGAUAGUGGCAGAGUGAGAGAUCCAAAGUCAGGUGAAUUGUUGACACUUCAGGAAGCAGUAGAUAGAAAGGUUAUCAAUCCAAAUCUUCCUGCUCUUGAAGAACCAUCAUCGGGAAACACUAUGUCCCUUGAUGUCUGUCUCAAGACAGGACUUCUGAAUCCCCAAGUUUGUAAGUUUGAUGUCAGCAGAGUCCAACAAGCUGGAUUCUCAGAGAAGUCUUUGCCACAAGGAGCUGAAGGCUCCACAGCAAUAAACAUAAUAGAUGCGGUUUCUGCAGGACUUUUUAACUCCAUCACAGGCCGCUUCUUGGAGCCAACAACUGGCCACAGGUACACCUUGCAAGAAGGUGUCCAUAGAGGCUUUAUUGAUGGACAAAUGGUCACUGUGAAAGAAACAUCCAGUGGACAACGGCUGCCUGUAGAAGCUGCACUGAAGAAAGGGCUGAUCAAUGGAAACACUGCUGAGGUCUACGACUCUGUCAGAAGAGUUAAAGUAGCUCUUCCAUCCGCUAUUGAGCAGGAUUUGGUAGAGAACAGACUCAGUGUUCACACUCUGUCCAUCACUGACGAGAGAACUGGACAGCAGAUCCCUUUGAGAAACGCCAUUGUGAACGGUGGCUUGAAACCUGGCUCAGUUGUAGUUGUAGAUACCAGCUGCGGAGAGCAAGUUCCCUUGGAGUCUGCUUUGUCACGAGGUCUAGUAGAUAGAUCUGGAUUUGUGGUUGACAAACAGUCAGGUAGAAAAAUGGCCCCGGAAGAAGCGUUGAAGUUGGGAUUGAUGGCUAUUGCUGGAGCUCCAAUUAUGGCAGGGAAGUUGGUGGUUGAUGCCGCCAGACACAGAAAAUCUAGCCCUGCUAAGAUACCAGUUGAGAAAACUGAAGUAGUUGAAGAAACCAAACGGUCACAGACAUCACCCAGUAGGACAGUUUUCAUCAAUGUUUUACAGUCAGAUGUAAGCUCUUCUAGAGAAGCUCAGACAGCGAGAGAUCUCCCAGAAGUUAACAUCAAACCCAAACAAGACAGCCAUCAGGAAAUAAUGUUUCCAGCUGAUCCUGUGGUGGAUCAUUCAGGAGAUCACAUCACUUAUUCGACUGCCACUUCUUCACCAAAAGGAACCACUGUCUUUUCCCAACCUACCCCAGAGAAACAGUCACCAGCAACCUCGACCACUUCACCAAAAGGAAUCACUACUUCUCCUCGGCCCACCCCAGAGAGACAACUUCCACAAGACUUCACUGCUUCAGCAAAAGGGCCAACUGUUUCAUCCCAACACACUUCAUCCACAAAAAGAGGCCCUGUCUCCACUCAAUGGCCUUCAGAGAGACAGCCAGCAAAAAUCUCUGUGGCUUCCUCAGCAACCAAAAUCUCAACUUCUGCCAAAAACUACAGCUCAGUAUCAGAAACGAAGACUGUAUCCAUGGAAUCCAGGAUGACAACAGUAGAUGGUACAGCAGAGUCUCACAAAUUUAAUGAGAAGUUGUCCACUAGUAGAAUCAUUCCCAUUAGUUCAGCUACAACAGCUGAUGUUAAGAUCACCAGUGAGAGACCAGAUGGGCACAACACAGAUUUCAGACAUGCCAGUUUGAAGAAUCUGCAGAUAAACUGGGAGACUGGGACAGUCAUUGACACAGUUAGAGGUCAGAAGAUGACCAUCCCAGAAGCUGUGCAGAAAGGACUGAUCAAUUCUGAUAUUGUGGAGGAUCUGGCCAGCCAUUCCACAGGAGGUGUUCAAUCCAUUCCAGAAAUUAACAUUAACUGGGAGCUGGGUACAGUCACAGAUUUGUCAACAGGUAACAAUGUUUCUGUAGAGAGUGCUCUUCAAAAGGGACUGAUUGACGCAUCGACUGCUACAGUUUUAGCUUCUGUUUCUGAGAUGGCAACUGAACUUACCACGGUAACCACAUUACAGACUUCUUCCUCUGCUGAACCUUACACACUCAACUAUGCCACGAAAGAAGGAAUGUACGACAUAUCUACUGGACAAAUAAUUGAUCUUUCAGGGGCCAGGCUGUCUGUGAAGGAAGCUCUCCGGAAAAACAUUAUUGAUGGAGACAAGUCAUCCGUGGUUGAUCCUCAGAGUAGGCGGUUGUUAUCUCUCAACUCUGCCAUUGUCAGUAAUAUAUUUGACCCUCUAACAGGGGAACUCAUCCACAAAACUUCAGGGGAAAGAAUCUCAUUGCAGGAAGCAGGGACACUGGGAUUGAUCCCAGACCAUGCAGAACUAGGCACUGUUUCACCCGGUAUAGCUUCUAAGAAUCCUUUGUCCUUGAAGGAGGCUGUCCGGAGGGGUUGCAUCGAUGAAGAAAACGACACUUUUACAGACCCUGUUACCAAUGAGGUCAUGUCUCUGGCUGCUGCAGUUAGAUAUGAACCAAAAGAAAAGAGCCCAACUAUUCAUGCUGUGAAAAAAAUGGUUGCUGUUCCUAAAGAAGCAUCUAUGAUUGUAAAUAAACAGAGCUCUUUCAAACCUCCAGCAGAGGACAAUAAAAGAUUAUCAUUUACUGAAGCAGUAGACGAGGGACUCAUUAAUCUUAAAGAGCAGCAGUAUACAGACCCCAGCUCUGGGCAGAGACUUGCUUUACUGGAUGCAAUCAGGGAUCAGCUCAUUGACACAUCUCCUUCGGAGUCCGGUGACAGACAAGGUUUGACUGUGCCACAAGCUGUAGAGCAAGGGCUGUUUGACGACAGGAAAGGAGUCUUUCAUGAUUUCACUUCUGGAGAAAGUCUAUCAUUCCAAGAUGCAGUAGACAAAGGAAUGAUAGAUAAAAAAUUCACAGUGUAUGAUGUGAAAACGGGAGAAAUCUACUCUCUAGAAGAAGGACUGGAGGAGGGUAAGAUUGAUCCAGUCACAGGAAGAUUUAUUGAUGAGAAGAGUGGGAGGAAGUUGACUCUGAGGGAAGCCACACAGCUUGGACUUCUUGCAGUUGUUGGUGCUCCAUUUGCUGCAGCAGUGGCUGCCAAAGAAUCAUUUCAGGCUCUGAUGGCGGGUGAUAAAAGUCCAGUGCCUCAACCUCUUCCAACCAGCCAGCCAGCCCUCUCAUUCCAGAUCACUUCUGCUAAACAGCUGUCUUCCAACACACUGCAAGUCACAGUGCUAAAACAGAGUGUUCCCGACAGUACUGCUUCUGAUGCCAUGAAGCUUCAUGAAGCUAUUUCAAGCGGUUACCUCAAUCCUAAAACAGGUGUCUUCACAGAUCCGGUCUCAAACAGACAGAUGCAAGUCAGCGAUGCCAUCAUGAGUGACCUCAUUAAGAAGGACUCUGCCAUCAUUAGAGACCCACUUACAGGAACAUCCCUGAACCUGGAGGAGGCUCUGCUUCGUGGUGUUCUUGAUGACGUUGGCUGUGUUGUGGAUUCCAGCACCGGGCAAGCCAGGAAUCUUGACCAGUGUAUCAAAGAUGGCAUUGUCCAAGAAUCUCCACUGCUCACAGCUGGUACACAGAUCUUCUCUAAGUCAACUGAGACAAUUCAUGUGGACAGUGUGUAUGAUCCCAUAGCUAAACAGGACAUUUCUUUAGAUUCAGCAGUUGGCAGGAACAUUAUAGACCUUGAAGACGGCACUUAUGAGAACUCAGCCACUGGGGAGAAAAUGCCAAUUUCAGAAGCAAUAUCCGAAGAUCUUGUUUCAGGAAAAGUGAUGGAUAAACUGAUCACUGUUGAGGAAAUGACUACAAGUGGAGUCACUACAGAGGUGGCCUUUUUGGAGAAGAAAUCUUUGCAGAUUAACUCAGUGAAAGAUCCUACCACUGGAAGAGGUGUGUCUCUAUCAGAAGCUGUGAGAAGAGGCAUCAUUGAUGAGGCAGGGAAGUACUUCCACGAUGUGACAACCGGAAGUACAGUUUCCCUGAAUGAUGCCAUACAACAGGGCUUGGUGUCAGCCACUACACUCAAGUCCCAUAAGGACACUGAAGAGAGGUACCAGAGAUCACAUGAGUCGGUACUUACACAGUCUUCAACUUUCAGAAUUCAUGCACUGGUAGACCCAGCAACCAACAGUCAGAUACCCCUGUCCCAGGCUAUCAAGACCGGUGUUCUAGAUGUUUCUUCUGGUACUCUGGCCAAUACAAGAACAGGGGAGGCAAUGUCCUUGGGUGAUGCUUUGAAACAAGGCCUACUAAAGGGUGACGAAGGCAGUUUUCUUUUGACAGAUGGCACUGAUUUACCUCAGCACAAGGAAGUGUUUGAUUCAAAGACAGGACAACAGGUUACAUUCAGUGAAGCGAUCAGAAAAGGAAUAAAUGAUUCACAAGGCUCUUAUAUUUCAACAAGUGAAAACAUUUCUGUCGGCUUUGGCGAGCAGGAAGGUAUGAGUACAAAACAGACUAUCAUGAAGUCCAAGACUUUCAAAGAAAAAUCCUGUGACAUUUCCGCUGUGUAUGACCCGGUCAGAGAUAAAUUUGUCAACGUAGCAGAAGCAGUGUCUCUUGGCUUGCUCGAUUUGAAAUCUGGAGCAUACAAUGAUCCUGCAAGCCUGGAUCCUAUUCCUCUGUCGCAAGCUUUUGAAGAGGGCCUUAUCAAAGGUAGAGUGAGUGAUGGUCACAGUUUGAGCAAGGAUGACUACAUCAGAUCAAGCAGUGAUACAUUUAGACAGGAAACAAAGAUUGGGCAGGACAUUCUUAGAUCUGAAUCACCAGACAAGCAGAGAAGACACGCAUUGACAAAGUAUAAGAAAGAACCAGCAGAGCCAUCUGUUGAUCUCACCAGGAGAUCAUUUGUGAGCUCUCAACCAGAAAUAAAUGAGCCAGUAGUAACCUCUGUGACCCAGAAGUCUAUGACGAUUACCGCAGUUGUGGACCCCGCAUCUGGACGAGAACUAUUGAUGUCUGAAGCUAUCGGUCAAGGCGUGUUUGACCCAGACAGAGGAGUCAUUAUUAAUAGCAAGACAGGAGAGCACAUUCAGCUGGACAGAGCAAUUGAUCUGGGUCUGGUCAGCGCUGAAGUAGAGGAAGAGGAAAGGGCUCAGGAGGUGGUCAUCAUCAGCGACGUGCUGAUCACAGACGUUAAAGACCCACAGACAGGCAAAUCAAUCUCUGUGUCUGAGGCAGUCAGGCGAGGAAUUCUAGACAAGGACACAGGUGUGUAUAACCAUUCAGGCGGAACUGUUUCAGUCAAAGAAGCUCUGAAGCAUGGCUUAGUCAAUGGGAAAGACACAUCUGAAGCUGGGCUGACAGACCAGAAUAAACAAGAUGCCAAGCAGAUCAAUGUGACCAGUGUCAAUGAUCCUAGCAGUGGUAGAAGGUUAGGGCUUGAAGAGGCUAUCGAAAGAGGACUUAUAGAUGAAAACUGUACUGUCUUCAAUGAUCCGGUAACGGGUGUUCAGAUGUUGAUGGAGGACGCCAUGAAAGAGGGACUCAUCACUGGGUCAAUCCAGACAGUUUCAAAAUCUCAGACCACUGUGACCUCUAAGAAGGCAGCAGGGACUUACAACAUCACUGCCGUGCUUGAUACGGGGACCGGUCAAGAGGUCAGCGUUGUGGAAGCAAUCAGUAAGGGGAUACUGGACCCAUCAGGCAAAUACACUGACCCUUUGACCGGAGAUGUCAUUUCCCUUGCGGAAGCCAUGAAUCAAGGUCUGGUUAUCUCAGAGAAGAUUGAGAAAUCUCCGCAUUUCAGUGCUGACCCAGGAGGUGCUGGCUAUGUAACAUUCCGUGAUGCACUGAAGCUUGGACUUGUUGAUCCGCUGACCGGUCAUUUUUUAGAGCAUGCCUCCCAGAAGAUGUAUUCUAUAGAUGAUGCUGUAAGAACCGGACUGGUUGUCGCAUCUGAUGGGAGGCCUUUUAAAUAUAAGGAACUGAGUAAGGCAGGAGAGACUUGCAGCAUCACAACAGCCUUACAGACAGGCAAGAUAGACAUGAAAACUUGUCUCUUCUAUGACAAUCUUACAGGAGGUGGUAUUUCCUUAGAGGAGGCUUUGAUAGAAGGCUACUUGUCUCCUGUGUCUGGCUUACAGCAAGCAAAAGCAAUAAGGGAAUCCUUUAACAUUUACCUAGGAUCUAAUAUUCAGGGAUUGCCUGGCUUCAAGCCUGGAGACACUCGGAGUUUGUUAGAGUCAGAAAAAGAAGAUUUUGUUUCAGUUUUGAGAACUGGCAGUAGUAUAUUCUCUGAUGUCAGUAAUGAGGAUUUUGUUGACAGUUCAGAUAUUCAUCCAGGAUUGUCAAGAGAUGCCUUCAAACAAAGGCUGCAGCAUGAUUCACUUUUUGUAGAUGAAAAUGGCAGCAGCCUUCUUGAGAAUGGUGGUAUAGUUACCGGACAUCAUAUCCAUAACACAGGAGUUGUGGACACCACUUCUGCUUUUAGACAGGGCAUCCAGAGAACUUCACCAGCUGCUUUCUCUGAUGCCAAUUCUUUUGAUACUUUCUCAGUAUCACAGACCAUUGAAAGAGGUCUUCAUGAGCCAGUUCAGACAGUUGAAACACCAGAAGAAUACACAUCAGAAAUGCAGAGUGCAAGUGAAGAAUUCCGAGGAAAACUCCAGAAAUCCAGUAGAAUUACGUCAAGUUUUGUACAAGACAAGCCAGCUGCAGAUUCAAGGUUUACCUCUGUCUCCAGUCUCUCUGAGUCGCAAAAGUUUAGAGACAACUUAACCCCAGGACAAAAGGACUUGGAGUUCGGAAUAACUCAGUCAAGUAAUGUAGAGUAUACAAGUACAGAUGAAAGUGCUUCCUUUCAAGUGACAUUUUUUGAGGAUCAGAACACUUUAUCUCAACAGUUAGAUAGGACAUUCGCUGACUCCUAUGAUAAGAUAGUGGAAGACAUGUCAGCAGAGUUGCAGAAACUUCAAGGAUUUGAACAGCUGCUCAAGGAGGAUGGUGAGAUGGAAGAUGGAGCCGGCAGGCUGCAGGUCCAGCUUGAUGCCCAUAAGGCUCUGCAUGAGGAGAUUCUCGCCUGCCAGCAGCCCAUUAGCUCUCUGAUAUACGAAGCCGAACAACUCACUGAGCUAUACCAGGAGGAGCUAACACCAGAAGAAGUGACUUCCCUCUCUGGGGAAGCAGCAAACCUUCAGAAGGUUCUAGAAAAGGUGGUAAAGACAUCAGACCGGCGAUUGAGACACCUGAAGACAGCAUCGGAGGAACUCUUUAAACUGGAGACAGAAAUAGCAAGUUUCAAACUUCAAGAGGAGCAUGGGAAACUCCUGAAUGAUGUACAGUCCCACCAGGCCACUAUCAGAGCAAUGUCAUUGUCUGUACAGAAGUACAUGGAUGAGGCAAAGCUUUAUAAGCUGGAAGUGGAUUCCUUCCGUGCCGACCGCCAGAGACCGGUCCGCAGCAGUCUAAUCAGCAUGGAUUGUGAAGCUGCCGAAGUGGUCAAGGAUCAGCUUAAGGAGGUUUCCGAUGAUUUCUCAAACCUGAAACACAACAGGCAAGCUUCAACGAUGUCACCUCCUACGAUGUUGUCGUGGCUUGCAGAUGUAGAAGCUGAGUUGUCAGCCAUCCAGCAAGACUGUAGCAACUGCAGCAUCUUUUUCACAUUGUUCUUUGCCUUUAACUUUGCUAUCAUCUCAUGUGUUCAGUUGACUGAGAUAGUGCUGAAAUAUUUCUGUUGCAGCUACGGUGACAGCAUUGAGUCAGUUCGACACAUGACUAGAAACCUCAUCAAAUCCGGCGACCUAGACAUGGCUAAAGCUUUAGAGCAACAGAUAGCAGAUAUUGAAAAUCAGUUUCAGAAAGUACAUGAAACUUGCAACAGACAAACAAGUUCCCUGAAAGAGACCCAUGAUAAGCUGGGCACUUUCCAGGAGAAGCUUCAAGCCACCCAGAAGUGGUUCCAGUCCAACAUCAGCCAACUGCAGUCCAGUGAGACCAACAGCCUCCCCGUUGAUGAGGUCAGGGAUCAAGUCACCAGCAUUGAUGUGGAGAGGAGGAGGAAGGAAGCGGACAUAGCUGAGCUGAAGAAGCUAGCUAAGGAGCUACAGGAAGAUUCUGGUGCUGGGAGCUCAGCGUCGCUCAACAAAGCCAUUGCUGAAUUGGAAAACGCUGCUGCCCAGUUGGAUGCUGCUGUAGAGGAGAGACAGGCCAAGACUGCCCAAAGAGAAAAGCAAGGGGAAGAGUUUGAGUUGGCCAUGACAGUGAUGUUGCUGUGGUUGGCACAGAUGGAAGCUAGGAUGGAUGAGUUCGAACCUGCUGCAGUUACUGCAGACAUUGUAGAGAAACAGAUCCUUGAGCUGCAGCCCAUGCUGAAGGAAUAUGAGGACCACGCUGGCAAGGUAGACCAGGUGAAUGAUAUCGGCAAUGCUCUGGAAGCUCUCACAAGUUCAGGAGACCAACCUCUCAGUCCUAUCAGACAUCUGGGCCGCACUCGCAAUAUCUCAGGACUGGCUUCCCCUGUUCAUCAACGAACCCCCUCCCCUACAUAUCCCCUCUCUCCUGCAGCCAUGAAGACAUCCAUGUCCAGCGAGUCUAGUGGAAUCAGCAGCAGGAAAAGCUCCUCAGAUCACCUACUCCUGGACGAUUUGUCACUUACCCAGCAACAAUUGCUGGAUGUCAACCAACGCUAUGAGAUCAUCGGAGAGAGGCUGGCUGACCGUCAGCACGAGCUUCAGAGUAUACUGUCCCACACCAGCACAUUCUUGCAGGAUAUGCAAGGCAUCAUGGCCUGGCUGGAGGUCAAAGAACAAGAACUAAGUAAAUCUGGGGCUCUGGGAAUUCCAGCCAAUGAAAAAUCUGUGAGGGCAGAGUUGAUGGAUCACGAGGAAUUCCAUCAAGAGCUGCUCAGCAAGGAGAGUCUGGUCGAGGAAACCCGCAAGAGGGCACUGGACCUUCUCAAGUCCAAGCCUGGUGCUCCAGGCCUGAAUUCACUACAGUCUCAACUGACACACCUGGAUGAAAAAUGGCAUGAGCUCAGGGCAGUGUCUGAGGAGCGGCGCAAGGGUCUUGAAGAUGCUGUCAGUGAUUUGAGAGACUUUAGGGAGCACGAAGAGCAGCUCAUCAAGUGGUUUGGGCAGAAAGAGAAGCUGAUGAAUGUCUUGGGCCCUGUAGCUAUGGAGCAGUCCUUGUUGAGGAGUCAGAUGGAGCAAGUACAGGUGUUGAAGGAAGAGUUCUCAGCCCAGGAACCUGUGUAUGAGCAGUUUCUUAACUCUGGGCAUGCAAUCUUUGAGUGGUGUGAUGCCAACACUUCCGACAGUGCUGCAGUCAGUAAACACAUGGACAAUAUUACCAAGUCCUGGAAUAAGCUCCAAGAACUGCAAGAGAGGUUUCCUGAAGUGACAAGAGCUAAAGACCUGUGCCAACAACUCUGUGACAGCACCAAAGAUGCAUCUACAAAAGCUGACCUGAGAGCAAAGAUGGCAGCCCUGGACAAAGAUGUCAGCGACACUGUCAAGAAACUAGAAGCACGGGCUGGAGCUCUGGAAGAUGCUUCUAAAGCUGGGGAAGAGUUCACGGCCAAAUGUCAGCAAAUGCUAAAGUGGAUAAAGACAACAUCCUCCAUUGUGAUGGAUGCAGCUGCACUCACCUGUGACACAGAUCUUCUGCAGAAGCAGACUUUAGAGAAUAAGGCCCUGAGACAAGAUCUGAGUGUGAAAGAAGAUGACAUUCACCAUCUUCUGGAGAAGGGCAACAAAUUUAUCCGGGAUGCUUCACCAACUGCAGAGAAUAAAGCAGUCAAAGAAGCAUUGACCCUUCUACAGAAUGAGUGGACAGUGCUCAAAGGCGAAGUGGACAAGAGAAAAGAUAACAUUGAAGCUGCAUCUGCAAACGCGGUCGUCUUCCAGCAGAAUUUGGAUAAAAUAUCCUGGUGGCUGGGGGCUGCAGAGGAGAAGCUAAAGAAAGUGACACCGGAGAGUUUGGAUAAGCCAGCCAUUAUAGUGAAGCUGAAGGAGCUGAGAAAUCUGCAAAAUGACCUUCUGAGGAAGUCACAUGAUCAUGAUGUCUUCAACAAGACUGCAGCCUCACUUCUAGAGUCGGUUGAGGACCCCAGGCAUGAGCUGCAGAGUCAGGUGGCUGAGGUCAACAGGCGCUGGGACUCGGUGACUUUGG